CCAAGCGCCUAUCAUCGAGUCAACGUAAUCUCUCCUUUGGCAUUUUCUGACAUUUUCUAAGCACAUUCUUUCAACCACUUUUACGAAUCUGAAAACCGAACAAAUUUUCUUUACGAUCUUCACGCCAUAAAGUCGUACAUCCAAAGAGAAAGCAGAAAAUGGGCCAUGGAAGUUCGAAAUCAAGUUCAGUGGAAGAGUCUGCAGACUCAUACUCAUCCGGUGGCACAAAUUCAAAACAACCACCGUCGUUUCGCGGAAGAAUCAAGCAGAAAUUACACCUCCACCGUCGUCCGGCCGCUUCACAGCAUGCUAAACUCAACAGUCACGAGAAUUUCGUUGGCAUCGCUUUGGUUACUCUUAUAAAUGCGGAAAUGGAAUUCAAGGACAAGUGGCUUGCUUGUAUAUCAAUUGGAGAACAGACGUUUCGCACUGAUGUUUCUGACCAGACCAACAUGCCUACAUGGAAUUCAGAGAAAAAGUUUGUUUUGGAAUUAAAUGGCCCACACAUGGCAAAAAUAUCAGUUUUUGAGACCAAUAGACUCUCAAAGAACAACCUGGUUGGGUAUUGUGAGAUUGAUCUUUUUGAAUUUCUCAGUCAAGUAUCAGAUAGUGACACUGAAGUGUUUGAUUUAUUUGAUCCAUCAUCAUCAAAUGUAGUAGUUGGAAAAAUAUCUAUUUCAUGUUCUAUCGAGGAUCCAAUUGAAACAGAGAAAAGUUUUGCAAGGAGGAUUUUGUCUAUUGUUGAUUACAAUGGUGAUGGAAAAUUGUCAUUUUCUGAGUUUUCAGAAUUAAUAAAUGCAUUUGGUAAUCAACUUGCAGCAAAAAAGAAAGAGGAGCUGUUUAAGGCAGCUGAUGUAAAUGGAGAUGGGGUUGUUGACAUGGAUGAAUUGGCUACACUUCUUGCUAUGCAACAAGAAAAGGAGCCACUUAUGAAUUGUUGCCCUGUUUGUGGGGAGAUUCUUGAAAUCUCUGAUAAAUUGAAUUCAAUGAUUCAUAUGUCACUCUGUUUUGAUGAAGGCACUGGAAACCAAGUUAUGACUGGAGGAUUCUUGACUGAUAAACAGGCUUCCUAUGGGUGGAUGUUCAAACUAUCUGAAUGGGCCCACGUGUCAUCCUAUGAUGUAGGCUUGAACUCUGGUUCAAGUGCUUCACAUAUUGUGGUUUAUGAUCGUAAAAAAAAGAGGCUUGUGGAAGAAAUAAUAGAUGGAAAAAUUGUUUUAUCAAUGAGAGCUAUUUAUCAAUCUAAAAUAGGCCUUGGAAUUUUGGACAAAGGUGCAAAAGAAAUAUUGCAGAGUUUAUCAGAAAAGCAAGGAAAGAAAAUGAAUUUAAUUGAAUCUGCUAAAGACAUACCAACAUUUCUUGAAUUCUUUAAGGAUCAAAUCAAUUUGGCUGAAGUCAAGUACCCAAUAGAUCAUUUUAAGACAUUUAAUGAAUUUUUCAUAAGAGAACUGAAAAUUGGGGCACGACCAAUUGCUUGUGUGGAACAUGAUGACGUGGCUGUCUGUGCUGCUGAUUCUCGUUUAAUGGCAUUUACAACAGCUGAAGACAGUCUUAGAUUCUGGAUCAAGGGUAAAAAGUUUUCUCUCCAAGGGCUUCUUGGUAAUUUACCAUGCUCCAAUGAUUUCAUUGAUGGCACCCUUGUGAUAUUUCGCUUGGCACCACAGGAUUACCAUCGUUUCCACUUUCCAGUUUCUGGAACUAUUGAGCAGAUUGUUGAUAUACCUGGAUGCUUAUACACAGUUAAUCCCAUUGCUGUGAAUAGCAAAUAUUGCAAUGUUUUCACAGAGAACAAACGGGCUGUAUCUAUUAUAUCAACUUCAGAUUUUGGCAAAGUAGCAUUUGUGGCAAUUGGAGCAACAAUGGUGGGAAGCAUCUCUUUCACUAAAAAGAAAGGAGAUUAUGUGCAAAAAGGAGAUGAGUUUGGUUAUUUCUCUUUUGGUGGAAGCACUGUCAUCUGUGUCUUCCAAAAGGAUUCAAUAGCACUAGAUGAGGACCUUUUGGGUAAUAGUGCAAGAUCUCUGGAAACCCUAGUUACAGUUGGAAUGCAAUUAGGGGUUUCCAUAAAGAAACACACCGAGCUUCCAUUGCCAGAUAUCAACAACUGUGUUUUAGGCGCUUAAAAAUGUAUAACCUUUUUCACUACACUGUGUAUCAAACCUACUUCACUUAAAGUGGUGCCGCCACCGGAAUCGAGGCUGAGAACGGGUCAUCUCCGCCAAUCAAUGGCUAUCCGGCGACACUACUGGCAUUUCCGGCAGCUAUGUUCCCGGACUUUUGCCUUGCUUGUUGAUACAUAUCAUCGAUAACCUCUGGACUGAAACCGCCAGGUUGAGAUGGCUGGUGGUUCGCCGGACCACCGUCAUAGAAAGCUAAUCCAACUUUAUCAGCGUACUCUUCCACCGUCUGACCACCGUCUCCCAAGUUCAACACAUCGUCCUGACUCAGUUUCCCUUCUUUCUUGUCCGGCUCCGGCGACCUAGCUUCUUCUUCCUCAGAUUCUGAUUCUUCUUCCGUCUGCGACUUCUGGAUACUCCGACGUCCUUGCAAGGCCGAUAGAUUUGCAAUAAUCGUAAAAGUUGUCAAGCUCGUCGAACUGCUUUCUUACUCGUCUCAAAAACUCGUAAACCUUGACGGAAUCUGAAAUCUCAAGCUCUCUAAACUGACUUAUCAGAAUACUCAGGGCAUCGGUCAUGUCGUAAUACAUAUAAAUGCUCUGUUUCACAAUCGGGUACAAAGCCACCAUCACAAUCCUGUGAUUCCUCGCGGGACCUGAAUGAUUCAAAGUUUUCUGUCAUGGUGAAUGGUGAUUCAUAUGGAGGAGAAGAAAUAAUAUUAAUUAUUCCGCAACCUGUAGGGCGACAAGCGAGAAAUCGCUCAAGGAGUUGCAUCAGAUGUUGUAGUCGAGAAAAUAGGUUAUCCUUCAUCUUUCCAUGUACCGGAGAUUUUAGAGUCACCGGCUCCGGCUCCGGCUCAUCGUCAUGCUUUUCUCGGCCCCCUUGCAUCCGAUACUCGAGAUAUUCAUCGAGAUACAACGAGUAGGUCCGAAUAAACGCUGAGAAAUCCCAAGAAUUGGUUCUCGACAUGUCUCGGAAAUCCGACAUGUUUAACAACCGCGUGCCGCGUCUCGUGGCGUAGAAAAUCUCUCGUUCGUACGCCCGAUCUCCAUCUUGAAGAAGGCGUUGAAUGAGGAUGAGUACUUUUAGGGCUACGAUCCAGUUUCGGGUCUUUUCGAGUCGACCUGAGAUCAAGCUGACACAUAAGGCGACGUGGAUUUGUGAGUCGUUUGUUAGGGUUAUGAUUUCUCGUAUGUGGCGGUCUUCCGCCGGAUACUCCGCGUGACGGGUCGCUUUCACGAUUGCGACCUCGAGUUCCGGUAAGUCGGUGCUGCUGCUAACUCUGGCGAGGCUAAUCCUAGUGUGAUCCUUUACUUUUCCGAUUGCUUUUCUAAACCUAUCUGACCCCAUCGAGUUCAUUUUUUAGAAUUUGUUAAUAGGAAAAAGCACACCCAAUUUUUUUUUUUCUUUAUUUUUUUUUUUUGGUGAAGAAAAAAAAGGAGAAAUGAAGAUAGG